AUGCGUUCCAUCACCGAACUUCAAAGGAUCGUCGACAGCGCGACGGUCGCCAAAACCGUCUUUGAGCUACGCCCAGACUACCUCGCUCUCCUGAUAGCAGUCGACGGCAUCACACCCUCCCCCAGCGACUCAUCCUCGGACCAACACCUCCAAACCGCAGAACUCGCCGCCAAAGCCCGAGUUUCCACCUCCACCGUCGUGACCGAAAUCCCCGCCAUCAAAGCCUGGCGCGACACUUAUAAAUCCUUUGGCGCCAAGCCCAAGAAAUACCAGAGUUCGAUUGAAGCUCUGACGAGACGAGCUGUUGCGGGAGGGGGUCUACCGAGAGUCAACCGCUUGACGGAUAUUUACAAUUCGGUUUCGGUGCAGUGUAAUGUUUGUGUCGGCGGCGAGGAUUUGGAUGCAUAUAUUGGGUUCCCGCGGUUGAUGCGCGCCACUGGAGACGAAAAGUUUGAGACCAAAGCCGGAGACGAGAAACCAGAAAAGGGGGAAGUGGUUUGGUGUGAUGAAGGUGGUGUCACGUGUAGGAAUUGGAAUUGGAGACAGUGUGUUAGGACGCAGUUGAAGGAGGACACGGGGGCUGCGUUGUUUAUCUUGGAUGCGUUGAGUCCGAUUGAUAGAGGGUUGUUGGAGGUUGCUGGAGAGGAGUUGGUCAAGAGGUUGAGGGAGGGGAGUGAGGGGUUGGUUGUUGCGAAGAGGGUUAUUGGUGUUGAAGAUGGUGUGGAUGCUUGA